AUAUUACGUAUAAAAAAAAUUCAUAGUAUAAAGAUUAAUUUAUUAGUGUAAAGAUUAAUUUUUGUUAUUAAUUGGAAUAGAGGUUAUAAACAACUAAGUGAUCAUGAAAAAUAAAAACGAAAGUCUUAAAGGUUUUAAAACACUAUGGCUUCAAUUUGACAAAGAAACUACUGACAAGCAUCAAUUAUUUUUUAAAGAGCAUUCAAUUAGAAACCAAGACUCGAAACAUCCCAAAGGAAGGACACUAUUCCUGUUAAAUAUUCCUCCCUAUAUUUCACAUAAAACUUUAAAAGUAAUAUUCAGUAAUUUGUGUGGAACUGUGUCUACAGUUUAUUUUAUAACUUCCAAAGGAUUUAAAACAGCAUACAUAGUCUUUGAAAAAGAAUCUGCUUUAGAAAAAGCGUUAGAAAUUUGUGAUGAGCACAUAGUAACAUUAAAUAGUAAAAGAAAAAUUUGUUUUACAGGAUUGGAAAAAUGGUGCUUCAAAUAUAAUCGUGCUUUACUAUGUGAUGAAAAAAUACUGAAAAAGAAGAUUGAAGUUUAUAUGCAAAAUUAUGACCAAAAAAUUGCUGAGAAGAUAGCAAAAGAAAAAGCAAUGAAAGAAGAAGAAGCAGAAAAUGAUGGUUGGGUAACUAUUACAGGACGAAAGAAAAGAGGACAAUUUGCACUUUCCAGGAAAGAAUCCACUAUUAACAAAGUACAACGCAAAGAAGAACAAAAAAAUAAGAAAAAGCAAUUGCUUAACUUUUAUACUUUCCAAAUUCGUGAGAGUAAAAAACAGAAUUUGGCGGAAUUACGAAAAAAAUUCGAAUUGGAUAAAAAAAGAUUACAAGAUCUAAAAUCUAAGAGGACAUUCAAACCAUUUUAAUAUUUAAUCAAAUUAAUCAUGUUCAUAUGAAAUAGAUAUUUAUUAUGUUGUAAAAAAUUUGUUUACAUUUACAGAUAUGAUUUUAUAUGUAUAUUAUUACAUUUAAAUUUAUAUACAAUUCCACAAAACAAAAGUAAUUAUAAUAGAAAUUCAAUAAUAUAAUUAAGCAGCUUUAGAUGCAUAAGUUUGUAAAGUCCAUUCAAUUAAGAAAUGCUGAUAGGAUAAAGGUUGUAACAAAGCUAAUAAUUCCUCUGUAAAAAAAAGAAAAUACAAAUUAAUUUUUAAUAAAUUAAUUUCAUAUUAAAAAA